GGAGCUAGUCGCUUCAGGGUCGGUGCGCCCGCGGCCCAGCCGCACGUUCCUUCCCGGCCCCCUCCAGGAGGGGCGCGCGGGGACCGCCCCGGCACCUCCCGCCCGCCCUCAUCGCGCCGCACUCGGAUUCUGAGAGGGCAGCAGCGCGCGCGGUGUCCCCGGCGUCCUCAGUCCUGUCCCCCGAAGUGGAGAUGAUCGAGAGGCAGGCGAGGGCGCGCAGCUCGUGAGCCCCGUGGCAGCCGGCACCAUGCGCCUGCGGCCGCUGCCCCUUGUCGUGGUCCCCGGCUUGCUGCAGCUGCUAUUUUAUAGUGACAACAAACAGGUGGUACAUGCCACAGAAGGGCUGGAUUGGGAAGACAAAGAUGCUCCGGAAACAUUAGUUGGAAAUGUGGUUCACUCCAGAAUCAUCAAUCCUCUGCGCCUGUUUGUGAAGCAGUCUCCAAUACCAAAGUCUGGACACCUGUCGUACACAGACAGCAUGGAAAACUUUUGGGAUUGGCUGGCCAACAUCACAGAGGUUCAGGAGCCAUUGGCAAGAACUAAACGAAGGCCAAUAGUAAAAACUGGAAAAUUUAAGAAAAUGUUUGGUUGGGGUGACUUCCAUUCCAAUAUUAAAACUGUCAAACUCAACCUUCUCAUCACGGGGAAAAUUGUUGACCAUGGAAAUGGCACCUUCAGUGUCUAUUUCCGACAUAAUUCCACAGGCCUGGGCAAUGUUUCGGUGAGUUUGGUACCCCCUUCCAAAGUGGUGGAGUUUGAAGUUUCCCCUCAGUCUACCUUGGAGACCAAGGAAUCCAAAUCUUUCAAUUGUCGUAUUGAGUAUGAAAAAACAGAUAGGGCAAAGAAGACUGCCCUGUGCAACUUUGACCCGUCAAAGAUCUGCUAUCAGGAGCAGACUCAGAGCCACGUGUCUUGGUUGUGCUCCAAGCCCUUCAAAGUCAUUUGUAUUUACAUUGCCUUUUACAGUAUUGAUUAUAAACUUGUACAAAAGGUCUGUCCUGACUACAAUUACCAUAGCGAGACCCCGUACUUAUCAUCUGGCUGAAUCUUUCCACAGUAUCAGAAAUGAGAGACAAGUGUAUAUUUAUUUAGAAUGACCAAGAACCAAGCACAGUUCUUCAUGGCAAAAGAUCCUGUUUAUUUCUGGCAGUGAACUGAGUGUCCAACAAGGUUUCCAUUAAAAAAAAAGAAAAGGAAGAAGAAAAUGAGCAUCUUUAAAUGUGAAAUGUGUUUGUUUCUAUCACAAGUACCUUAGUGUAAUGAAACUGGUUAUGAAGUCAUCUCUUACAACCAAGAUGGCUAAGUCUUGGAAAUAUUUUUGUUUCUCCAAAAGAUGCAUCAGUGGUAGCAACACAAGAAAACAGGAAAGAUUAUGCAUGUGAAAAACAUUGCUCUUUAAAUGAGCCUGCCUUUGAAAUAUGUUUUGGAAGGUUACAUUAAAAAUAGCAGUUUCAGUAAAGUAACUGAAAAGAUUGUAUUUGAUAGAUGAGUCACAUUUCUGACAUCAAAAAAAUUUCUUUUUUUAUUGCUAUCUUUCUCCCUACAUCUGUGCUGUUAUUGAUAUGAGAGAUGAAGGGGCAAAAUUUGUUUCAAAACUUGUGUGUAAAGUUACAAUGCCACAGUAGAACUAAAUGCAUUAUUAUUUGAGCUAGAGUUUAAUGGAAUGUAAUUUAAACACAACCCUGUUCUUGUCACCAUCAUCAAGAUUCUCAUCUGAAUAGUAAUUUUAGUGUAUUGGCAAAGCAAAUCUGGAUAUGUCAGUUCAACAAAAAUGAAGAUCGUAAUACUUUUAGAUUUUUUUGUGAACUGCAAUGCUAUAAGAAAGUACAAUCUAUUUUAUAUCUGUUUUCACCUUAUUACUCUGCUUUAUUCAUUUGAUAGUGUGAUUUUAUAUAUACAUAUAUAUAACAACUCUGAAAUUGAAAGAAUGUGAUUUUUUUCAGGCUAUAAUGGGAGGAAAAAUAUAAUGGGAAAUGAGAAAUUCCACAAUUAUAAUUCAAAAUUUAUAGCUUCCUAGAUUAAGUUCUUCUUGCAUUAAGAAGUUAGCUAUUUGAGUAAGGGAUAAAAUACUACAUGAAAAUACACUAAAGGUUAAUAAGCAUUAUCAGGUGCUUUUAACCAAGGUACCUGAAUCUCCAAACUCAGACCUCCAAAUUUAGCAUCGCUUCAUAAUCAAUAUCCUUCCUAUCUUCUCUGAAGGGAACCAUAACCCUUUUUGGUCAAACAUAAUGAUUUUGAUUUUCACUAGAAAUAAGGUCUGAUCUACCAGCAGAAAGGUUUUUAGAACCUAUAAGACUCAUGGAACAUUACUCUUUUUUACAAUAGAUGUUAACUUUUUCCUCCUGUAUCUAUAAAGCAUCAAAGUAAAACAUUAAAUUGAAGACUAAAUGAAAACCAGUCCUAAAAAACAAAAAUUCAUACCAUAAUGUUUAGAAAACCAACUACUCUAGUCUCUAUUUUCCAACUCCAUUCUUUUACUAUUAUGGUGAUAUCUACAGUGUUUGAGUUUGUCUUUUGUAAAAAUCGUACUUGGAUUAGUGUGUGGUAGUAUAGGUAGUAUUGAAAUUUUUGCUCUGAGUUCAUCACGUGCUUUAGUAAUUUUGUGGUUGGUGUGAAAUACUUCGAGACAUCUUUUUACUUUCACCUAGAAAAAAAGAUUAAGAUGCUGUUUAUUUUAAAUUAUGUGAGAACCAUAUAUGUGUAUAUAUACUUAGAAUUUUCUGUGUACAGGGAAUGUAUGUGUACACAUUUCUAUGUAAAUAAAAAUAAUUUCCUAAAUCUGU